GAGUAACAUUAUAAGAAUAUUUAAUUAGUGUAAUUCACUUUAAAAAUUUUAUAGAUAAAUUAAAUUAUUAAAUUUAAGAUACAAUGUGAAUAAAAUAAAAUUUACUAAUUAAAGCAUGGAAAGUUGAUAAGCAUCAAAUACAUAGAGAGAAAAAAUAGUACUUUUAUUUUAAAAAUAUCUAUUUUUGAGUUUAUAAAGAAGAAAAGAGAAAUUGCAGCGUCGGGUCAAUUUAUCGGGUCUACUGUUAUUUUAUCGUCGCCAGUAAGGGUUCCGUCGGUGUUUCGGGUCAAUUUGUUCGGAGAAAUUUGUGCUUUCUUUCUCUUCAAGACAUCUAUUCCAAUACAAAGACUGGAAAUUCUGGUGUAUGGCUUCUAGGCGGAAUAUUCCUUACAGUCGUCUCGCUGUGGAUGAAGAUGACGACUAUUAUGGAAAUGCUGGUCGGCGGGCUGACCCUAGAUUUGAUUAUUCACCAAAAUCGUUAGAUAGAAUCCCCUGGAAGUCCAUUGCCCUUGCUCUUUUUCUGCUCUUUCUGGGAUGUCUGCUUCUCUUGCUGUCCUACUUCAUCUUAUCUGGUCAUAUGGCAGGAGAGAGUUCCCAGGGAUAUGGGCUCCUUGCACUUGGAAUCCUCACGUUCCUCCCGGGUUUCUAUGAGACGCGGAUUGCAUAUUACUCUUGGAGAGGUGCUAAAGGUUAUCGAUUUACUGCCAUCCCCGACUAUUGAAGCCUUCAAACUUAAUGUAAACUCUCAAUGUAGUUACUAGUUUCUGUAAUGAGUUUUGUGAUAGUUUGUAUUUCUCGCACGCAUUUUGUCCUUAACACUUCAAGAAACUUCUGAAUGUAGUUGCCUGGUUUUCGUAAUGAGUUUACAGCAUUUAUUUUGUCCUA